AUGAGCUGAAUGAUGCCACCGUUUAGAAGGAAGAAGGCGUCCAAGUCAUUCCCAGUCAAGGUUUGCACCUUGGACGCUGAAUUGGAGUUCAAUUUAGAGUGGCGAGCAACAGGAAGAGACCUGUUUGACUUAGUAUGCCGAACUAUAGGCCUGAGAGAAACAUGGUUCUUUGGACUUCAAUUCGAAGACACAAAACACUUUAUAAGUUGGCUGAAAUUGGAUAAAAGGGUGCAAGACCAAUGCGUCUCCCAAAUGCCGGGCACUCCGUUCAUGCUGCUCUGCAAGUUGUACCCUGAAGACGUGGCCGAGGAGCUCAUCCAAGAGGUCACACAGCACCUCCUAUUCCUGCAGGUCAAGCAAGCGAUACUGAGCAUGGACAUCUACUGCCCACCGGAGGCUUCGGUGCUGCUGGCCAGUUACGCUGUUCAGGCUAAGUACGGUGACUACGACGAGAGUGCGUACAAGCCUGGCAUGCUGGCGAGUGAGGACCUGCUUCCACAACGCGUCAUCGACCAGUAUCAGAUGACGCCCGAGAUGUGGGAGGACCGGAUCAAGAUCUGGUAUGCGGACCAUAAAGGGAUGUCGAGAGAUGAGGCCGAGAUGGAGUACCUGAAGAUAGCCCAAGACCUGGACAUGUAUGGGGUUAAUUAUUUUGCCAUAAACAACAAGAAAGACACGGACCUUUACCUCGGCGUGACAGCGUUAGGGCUGAACAUCUACGAGAAAGACAACAAGCUGACGCCUAAAACGACGUUCCCCUGGUCGGAGAUCAAGCACAUAUCGUUCGACGACAAGAAAUUCGUCAUCAAGUUCGUCGAUAAGUCCGUCACGAACUUUAUAUUCUUCUCACCUAAGGGCAUGAACAAACUGAUAUUAGACCUGUGCAUCGGCAACCACGACCUGUACAUGCGGCGCCGCAAGCCUGACACCAUGGAGGUGCAGCAGAUGAAGGCGCAGGCCAAGGAGGAGAAGCAGCGUCGACAAAUCGAGCGUAACAAGCUAGCGAGAGAGAAGCAACUAAGAGAGGCGGCGGAAAGAGAAAGAGCCGCUAUGGAGCAACGCCUGCUACAAUAUCAGGAAGAGAUACGGUUGGCCAACGAUGCGUUGCGCCGAUCAGAAGAGACAGCGGAGCUCCUAGCGGAGAAGGGUCGCGUAGCGGAGGAAGAGGCGUCAUUGCUCGCACAGAAGGCGGCCGACGCCGAGCGGGAAAACGCGCGUCUGCGGCUCUCCGCUAUCAAGACUGAGGAGGAGAAGGUUCACUUAGAACGCAAAACACGCGAAGCGGAGUUUCUCACCGCUCGUCUAGUCGAGGAAUCGGAGAAACGCGCGGCGGAAGCGGAGAGGCUGCGAGCGGAGCUGUUAGCGGCACGCGCUGCGGAGAAGCAGGCUAAGGAGAAGCUACUGAACUUCUUAAGUCGCACGUCUAGUGGGUCUUUACCGCCUGUUAGCGCUGUACAGUUUGCCCGUGGCCAUAGGUGGGAGCACGACUACGGCUCCCGGCGCGGCUCGGCCGACGCGGGCGCGUGCGAGCUACAGGACGACCCGCACAUACACCGCCUGUCGCUAGAGAUCGAGCGCGAGAGAGUGGAAUACCUAGCCAAAUCGAAGCAUCUCCAACAACAGUUAGACGAGCUUCGCUGCGAGUUCUCAGUGCUUCGAGUGGACCAGUCCGUGGCCACACUAGACCGAUUGCACGAGCAACAGGCGCGGGCGGGCGACAACAAGUACUCCACGCUGCGCAAGCUCAAGCAGGGCUCCACCAAGACCAGGGUCGCCUUCUACGAGGAGCUGUGAGAUGAUGAAAUCAUCAGGAAAAUGCCAUUUUACAAAGUGCUGCUGCGCACAAAGUGAUCCAAAUGACAAUUAAAUUGACAUUUAUGUUUAGUCAACAAAGUUAGUAUAACGUUAUGUU